AUGAUUGCAAAUUUAUAAAUAAAAAUGUAUUAUUCAAAUAAAUACUACAUCAUGUAAGGCAACAAAAUUUAGGUAUUGUAUAAUUAAACCUUAUAAAAUGAAUAUUCAUCAAAUGUACAAGGUGUUAAGAAAUUCUACAUAUGUCGCGACUACUAUGAUAGGAUUCUACAAAUUUAAUAUUAAUAUAAAUUGGUUAAAUCACAUUGUUGAACUACAUCGCAUUAUUAGCCACGUUGUAAGUUAUCACAAUAAUUAGACGACAUAUUUGUGAUUUUUUGGGUUUCAAUAUCUUCAUUGGUACAUUGUGCUUUAUUCUAAAGUUUCGUGAAUUAUUUCAGUUCACUUUGUCAAGGAAUUAUCGUUACCUCCGUCCACUUUUUUGGCUACCUACGCACGUUUAUCGAACUUUAUCCGUCAGAUUUCCCCCUUGAAGAUCACUUUUACAGUCGUCCUUUGUAACAUAGAAUAUAAUAUUACACUUUCCAGUAUUAGUUUUCUAUACCAAACUUGUGCGUUUUCUUCAAGUUAUAAGAAAUCUAAUUUAAUAUGCAGUUGCAUGUCGCGCAUUUGCUUCUGCACUUCUCCGUGGAAACCAGUAGUUGUAACAAAGUUGGAAUUAUAUUUUGAGCAACAUUCUCUCCUUCUAUCCCCUAGUUCCUUUUCCAGCGAGCCUGCAAUCGUUGUGAUAUUAUUUGCAAUAUUUAUGCGGACCCUGGGAAUCCGAAACAAAGGUUGUCACUCGUGGAUAAUUUGCGUAUGUUUCUGCAUGAUUUUCACGGAACGUUCAGUUUAUCGUGAGACUGCAUGCAAGUAAGGUUCCUGGAAUCUCUGCCCCGUUGUAAACGGUUUAUUAACGGUGAUAGCGAUGCAUGCGUGUGGAAAUUACGUGUCAAGUCUUUGUAUAUAAGAAGGAAGCCCUAAAAUAAUUUAAGCAAGAGGAUAUAAUUAAUUUUAUGUGAAAUGAUAUUAAACACGGUUAGCCCGUCUGUUAAAUUUGGCCUUCAUUUUUGUGGUGUCUGGCCUGGAACACCAUUUCAAUUCCUACAUAAGUUAUAUUGGGUGAUAGCGAUAAUUACGCUUCAGACUUAUCAAUACAGAUAUAUCGUUAUACAUUAUAGCACCGAUACUCUUAUGAACAUAGCAGAAAAUUUGAGCAUCGCCGUGCCUUUCAGUUUAGUGUUUAUCAAAUUAUUCGUUACUUGGACGAAUUAUGGCUUGUUUUGCGAUAUUUUAUCAACCAUGGAAGAGGACUGUCGGAAAUAUGCUAAUAUGGAUAUAAAUAAUCUGAUAAGAAAAACCGGGUUGUUCUCCUUUUAUGUAACUAGCAUAAUCAUGUCCUCGUAUCUGGUGUCUGCGGUUUUUUAUCUUGCCGGCGCUAUUGCAUUUCAAGGAACGAACGAUUCAAUGUCUCGAGAGCUUCUUUUGAAAAUGGAUUUACCUUUCGAGACGAGUGAAUCCCCGAAUUACGAACUUGUGGUGACUACACAAUUUAUUAUUCAUUUCUCAGCGGCCCUUGCGUUCGGAACGUUCACUGCUCUGCUUUUCAUGAUGAUAGUGCAUGUAGGGUGCCAAAUCGACAUAAUGUGCCAGAGUCUAACAGAUGCUUUUCCUAAAAAUGAAAACAAGUUAAAAUUUUUUAUUAGUAGAUAUCAAGAAAUCAUUACUUUUGCAGAGAAAAUUGAGAAACUUUUUACGUAUAUAGCUCUUAGCCAACUUGUAUCAAAUACAGUUAAUACUUGCUGCGAAGGAUUCCUCAUUGUACUUGCUAUAAACGAUGAGAGUGGACUUGUUAUACUCAUCAAAUCUGUUGUAUUUUAUAUAGUUAUUUGCUUAGAAGUUUUCGUAUAUUGUUUCGCUGGGGAAUAUCUUCGCAUUAAGAGCCAAUUAAUCGGCGACACAGCGUACAAUAUGCUUUGGUACGAUUUACGUCCAAACAAGAGCCGACUUCUGAUACCUGUUAUAUUAAGGUCUCAAAGAGGUUUCACAUUGACUUUCGGAAAAUUUUCAAACCUUUCCCUGGAAAGCUUCACUGGCAUUAUGAAGGUUUCAGCGUCAUAUAUGUCGGUACUUUUGGCAUUAUACUGAAAAAUGUAAAUGGUAACUUCGAUGUGGAACUAUCGUAUCAAGUGUGCAAUCGACUUGACUCGAGCUAUUGUUACCCAGAUUAUCAUACAAAAAAUUACAAAAAGAAAAAAAAAUAUCACUGUUGUGUUAAUAAUGAGAAAUAAAUAGUAUAUAUAGAAUAAAUACUAAUAAAAAUUGAAUUAGA